AUGAACUUGUGCGAGAAAAUCGGUCUCACGAUACCUACUAAUUCUUAUGGCAAUCUCUAUACCGUGAUUGCCGCUCGAUUCGGUGGAUUCAUGGCCAAUGAAAGCGAGUUGGGGUUCAAAGAAGUGGUGAACAGGAUGAGCGAAAUGGUACGCAAUUCCAAAGCAGGGUAUGCAAAAGUAGUAGAUGGAGAGAAGCUACAUUCAAUGGUGAAGGAUUCUCUAAUGGAUUUCACGGAAUUGGUGUUCACAAGUGAAGAGCAUCUUAUUCCUUUUAGUAGCUGGUGCCGGUUCCAGCUAUUCAAGAACGACUUUGGGUGGGGACGGCUGGCUCUAGUUGGCCUCGCGUCGGUAAAAUUUAGGUUGGUUUUUCUAAUUGACGAUGAAGAUGAUGAAGGAAUCUAUGCGUGGGUGACUCUCAAGGAAGAUGAGAUGAUUCCUUUCAAACAUGAUGUGGAGAUCCAAGCAAUUACUUCUUAG